AUGGGAUCUCUUCGCACUAUUGCGCUGAUUAUUUUGGCCAUUUCAACUUUCACUUUCAUCGCCCUCUUUGGCCGAUUACCUGCAUUUAGGAAAACACCCAUCUCGUUUUUGUAUCGGGUAGUUUGGGUAUAUUUCCCCAACAGUGUUGCCUAUAUCGACUCGCGCUUGCUUGGCGGCCGUCUGACCAGGAUUUGGAACCAAUCUGGCAAGUAUAUCUUGUAUGAAAACCAUCCAUUGGUCUUGCUCUUCUUCAUUGGCCUCCUUGCCGGAGGCGAGGUUGUCUUUUUGCCAGCCGCCUGGCCUCGAAUUGCCAGUGUCCACUACCCAUGGGUUCCUCUGGUGGUUUUCAUGCCAUACUUUCUGCUCUACAAGUGUGUGGUGACAAAGUCUCAGAUUACACCAGAAAAUCACGACCUGGAGAUCAAACGUUAUCCAUAUGACCAGGUGCUAUUUCAUGCAGGCUACCGUUGCAGUACUUGCAACCUCCACAAGCCAGCACGCAGCAAGCAUUGCAAGUUCUGCAAAACUUGCAUCUCCCGCCAAGAUCAUCAUUGCGUGUGGUUGAUGAAUUGUGUUGGUGCCAACAACUACAUAUUCUUCCUGGCCUUAUUGCUCUCCUUAUCAGUGCUGCUCAUCUAUGGCACUUGCCUUGGGUACUCUUUGCUACGCCAAACCCUGCAAAAAAUGAUACCAGCACACAUCCAAGCAGAAAUGCAGGGCUGGAUCAUGUAUUUCAACAUUUGGGCGAUUGUGAUUCAGUUGGAUUCCAGGGUUGGAACUGUGACCCUCCUAAUGCUUAUGACAGCUCCACUGGCUAUGGCCUUCUUGGUAUACCAUACCUAUCUUGUCUGGGCGGGGAUGACGACCAACGAGAGUGCCAAGUGGUCGGAUUGGAAGGAAGAUGUCGAGGAUGGGUUUGCCUUCAAAUCUCACCGUGGCCAGAUCCCGGACGCACAGCCAUUUAUAGAUUUUAAUGAUUGCCCUUGGCCAGUUAAGAGUGAUCAGUUGCUAGUCAGUGACGAUGAGCCUCCUUUGGAAGGUUACAUUUUGGUGCCAGGGACCAACCGGAUCGAAUAUCGCAGUGACACGGAUAUGCCGAUUGAUCCACGAUGGCAUCCGGUCCAAAGUAUGAAGGAAAUCGACAAUAUCUACGAUUUGGGAUUUUGGAACAAUUUGAAGGACUCGGCAGGGAUCUCGGUGCGGCGGAAGAACAGUAAAUAA